GCUACAUGUGGCGGAUGCCACAUGGUGGUCUUGGCUCGGCCGCGGGAUCAGAGCUGUGCUGAUGUUACUCUGGAGGAAGACGACGUGAUGGAGGACUACCUGGAGAAGCCAUACGUGGAGCUGCUGGGGGACACGUUGGACAGCUCCACCCUGCAGAGGAGCCUCUCUGCUCGGGUCCGCAGGAGGGAGAGGGAGAGAUCUCCGGACCAGUUUGGCACCAUGUUCCGCACGCUGCCCGCCAUGAUGCCCGGCUACCUCCACCCGCCACUUCCCGUCUCCAGCCACACCAUCCCGCCCAGACUGCCUCCAGCUGAGCUGACCCACACAAAGGUGCUCAACGGCACUCACCAACACAGGAGCGCAGGGUCAAUGCACCAGGAGCAGACAGGAGGCGACGCAGACGGUGUUGUGGAGAGCCUGACGGACACGGACAGCGUUAAAGGUCUGGGAGAAACCACAGACUUCCUCAACAUGACGCAUGUGAUGAAGAUGGACCCUGCUGAUAAAACACUCACUCUGUCUCCAGUUCAGAAGAGGAAAAGUCAGCACGGUAAGACCUCUAAAGGGCACAAAGAGAACCUGAUGAAGGAGAGGACGCUGCUGAGGCAGAGCAGCUUCUCCUCCGCUAAGAGCAGGGCCGCGUCUCCUCGCCGCGCGCUCCCCACCGAGCUCCUGAGGGGCCCCGGCAAUCACUCCGCGGCCCCUCACAGCCCACACAAACACAAAAACAAAGAGAAUGUGAUCAUGGCCAUGGAGGAGCUGCGGGGGACACGGGACAAACUGAGCGUAGGGGACAUCAGGAAGGCGGCGUCCAAGCAGAGACUGCGGCCGGCUCCAGGGAGACGCCAGCUGAUGGAGGUCGGCAGGAAGAAGGAGUCGGCCGUCGCCUCUGAUCCUAAACCGUCUAAACCUCUCAGUUCUAAAAACAAACCAAUCGUGGUGCGAAGUGCGGGAGUCAGCUCGUCGGGUGAACGCUCAGCUGGUGACAAAAGCGCUGAGGUUAAAAAAACCCCUGAAGAUUUCUCCAAAAAGUCCAAAAAUGAGAAAAACAAAAAAGAAGCCAAAUCGAACAAAGAAGCAGAACUUGGCCUGCUCGCCGGAGCUGCCUCGCUCGCAGCCGGGGCGGUGUUAAUGCACGAGGUAGCGUCCUUGAGCUCGCCAUCCGAGAGCAGCGGCCGCGCCCUGAAAGACAACACGACGAAAUCACGCAGCGAGGAAUUCGAAUCCGCUGAUUUGAGCCACAAGUCGGCCGUCAGCAUCAACAUUAUACCUGAGAGUCCCGACGGCGGGACGAGUCAGGACGACACGGACACAAGUCACGACAAAAGUGAGCAGGAGGAGUCUGCGACGGUCCAUCAGGAGGAAGAGGAGGAGGAGAGAACUAGUGCAGAUGUGAGCAAGGAGGAGGAAGAGGAGGUUAGUUGCAGCUUUGAGAAAGAAACAGAAGACGAAGAAGACACUCUUCAACCAGACAAUGAGUCAGAAACUGACGAGGAGGCGAGCAGGGACGAGGAGGAAGAAGAGGAGGAGGAAGAGGAGGAAGCAACCGUGACAGCUGGAAGCGAAAGUGAUGACAAGUCAAAAGAGAGCAAAGCAGGCAAUGCAGAAGAGGAGGAGGAGGAGGAGGAGGAGAACCAGGAGGAGAACCAGGAGGGGUCGAGUCAAGAGAGCAAAGGAGGAGAGUCUGAGGGUGAGGAGGAAGAUUUGGAAAGUGAGGAAGAGGAGGGCAAAAGUGAGUCCAUGAAGUCAUCAUCGGAGGAGGAAGAAGGGAGUGAUUUAGAGAGUGAGACGGAGGAAGAAGCAGAGGAGGAGAGUAGUGAGGAAGAUGAGAGUGAAAAUAAGGAGGAGAGUGAGGAGGAUGAGGAAGAGGAGAGUGAAAGUGAGAAGCAGGAGGAAGAGGAAGAGAAUGUUGUGGAAAAAGAGAGUGAAGAGGAGGAAGAGCCUGACAAAGAUGAGGAAGAUGAGGUAAACGAAGAAGAAGAAGAUGAGGAGGAGGAGGAGGAAGAACAAGUUGAUAAAGAGGAGGAAGAAGAGGAAGAAGAGGAGGAAGAGGUUAAUGAAGAUGAAAAAGAAGAAGAGGAAGAGGAGGUUGAUGCAGAUGAGGAGGAGGAGGAACAGGAGGAGGAGGAGGAAGAGGUUAAUGAAGAUGAAAAAGAAGAGGAAGAGGAGGUUGAUGAGGAUGAAGAGGAGGAGGAGAAGGAUGAAGAGGAGGAAGAUGAAGAAGAAGAAGAAGAGGAGGUUGAUGAAGAUGAAGAGGAGGAGGUGGAGGAAGAAGAAGAAGAGGAGGUUGAUGAGGAUGAAGAGGAGGAGGAAGAAGAAGAGGAGGUUGAUGAAGAUGAAGCGGGGGAGGAGGAAGAAGAAGAGGAGGUUGAUGAAGAUGAAGAGGAGGAGGAGGAGGAAGAAGAAGAAGAGGAGGUUGAUGAAGAUGAAGAGGAGGAGGAGGUCCUAAAAAAGAAAAAGUCAGCUGAAGUCCAAAGAGUAAAGAGUAAACAGAGGUCGGGGGUCAAAGGUCAGGCAGCGGAGGAGUCGGAGGAGUUUUGGGACGACGUGUUGCCGCAGUACCUCAACCUGAAAUAACGCGUUACGUCACGUUAUUUUCACCGUCGAUCGAUCAGUAUU